GCUUCCGGUCCUGCGCACUGCACCACACAGACAUGGCGCUCGGCAGUGUGUAUAACCUGCUUUUCAGGAGGACGUCUACGUUCGCCGUGACCAUCAUGGUCGGAGCUGUCUUCUUUGAACGACUUUUUGACCAAGGCGGCGACGGGAUCUUUGAGCACAUCAAUCGAGGAAAACUGUGGAAACAUAUCAAACACAAUUAUGAGAAAGACGAAUAGGUCGAGGCUCCGGGACUUGUCCAAGGAUGAAGCGCCGCUGUUGUCACACUUCCAUUGUGCAUUCUUCACCUGAGAGUUCUGGCCAGGAUCAGGGCAGCAGCUACGGCGGACUUUCCAGGCCACCAUGAAGAUUUAAUAAUGGAUCCUGUCACCUCGCUUCUCCUCCUUGUUAUUUGUGGCGUCCUCAUUUGCCCUGAAUAUUGUGGAUGGUUAAAUUAAACAUGUUUGUCUUACACAAGUUUUAAAGUUUUAAUUAUAGUUGUUUUACAAUCUGGCUGAUACAUAAUUUGAACCAUAAUUUCUAUAAAACAAAGUAAAUUCAGUACAUGACAACAUGUAAACAAAGUAUGGGUAUUAAUAUUUAGUUUAAAGAGAACAGCACAGUUGCUAGACUAGACCUGUGGGUGUAACUUUAUUGCAGUAGUGCAGUAUUUACAGUACAUUUCUAGCAGUACAUCAUGGCUCAUUGACACAAUACUGUACAAAACAUUGCUUCUAUGUAUCUGCUCUAUUAGUAGAUUCCACUGGUUUAUAUUUGUAUUCUACAAAUGGGCAAAACCAGUUUCUCUUUAGGGUAACAUCUAUGUCCUGAGGGUUCAGGUGUUUCACUGUAAAACGCCAUGUUGUCAUGAACAGAUUUGCUUUUUCAGAAAGAGCAUUUAUAGACAAUAGUCCUGUUAAUUGAUAUCUAUUUUAAUCUGUUAUCUGAAUGUCACCCUUAGGAUUGGACAGGUAGAUUGGAGUGGAGGGGGGAUAAAUAUGUAUAUAUAGAAACAUCAAAAGCUAAACAUAAUACAACCAACAGCCAAAAAUAAUAAUUACCAGUAAUAUCAUUGUACAAUUUGGUUAUGUGGGCUCUCUCAAUUUUCACUAAGUAAUAAAAGAAAUUUUAAAUUGU